AUGCUGUGUUUCUUCGUGGUGUAUUUUUUUGUCGUGGCAGCGAACGAUGUCGGAGAUGAUGCAAACCUGAAGGCUGAGUGGGAGGCCUUCAAAGCCAAAUACGGGAAGUCAUAUGCGUCUGAGGCAGAGGAGCAUUUCCGAAUGAAGGUGUACAUGAAAAAGAGACAGGAAGUUUCCGCGCACAACGAGAAAUAUGCCAACGGUGAAGUUUCCUUUUAUCUUGGAAUGAACGAGUUCAGUGAUCUGCCGCAAAAAGAGUUCGUUCGUUUGCGUAACGGCUACAGAGGGAAGAAGUUUGUUGGGCAGCCUUCACCACGCCUAGAGCCGCCUGCUGACGCGCAGGAUUCCCCCCUGCCGGAAUCAGUGGACUGGAGAGUGAAGGGUGCUGUAACGCCAGUCAAGAAUCAAAGGCGUUGCGGAUCUUGCUGGGCUUUCAGCGCUACUGGAGCGCUCGAAGGCCAGUAUUUCAUUAAGACAGGAAAGCUGGUCUCUCUGAGCGAACAAAACCUGAACGACUGUUCCGGAGACUUCGGGAACCGGGGCUGCUGCGGUGGUCACGUGGACGCUGCCUUUGAGUAUAUCAAGACCGGAGGAGGUCUCGUCACCGAACAGAGCUAUCCCUACACUAGCAAGGACGAUGUGUGCUGCUUCAACAAGUCUAACGUUGGCAUGAGGGUCAGUGGCUUCGUGGACAUCGAGAACAGCGAGGAGCAGCUCAAGAAGGCAGUCGCAACGGUUGGCCCAAUAUCUGUCGCCAUCGACGCGAGCCUGCCCUCCUUCAAACACUACAUGGGAGGAAUGUUCGACGAGCCAAGCUGCGACGUCUUGAAUUUAGACCAUGCUGUGCUGGUUGUUGGCUACGGAAGAGCAGAUGGCAAGGACUACUGGUUGGUUAAAAAUAGCUGGGGAAUUGCUUGGGGAGAAGAGGGUUACAUCCGGAUGAGCCGAAACAAAAAUAACCAAUGUGGAAUUGCAACCCAGGCCAGUUACCCACUUGUGCGUUGAGUUGUUUUUAUUUGUGGGCGUGCACAUUUUGCAAAGCUACAGUGAGGUCAGGUAUUCUUUCCAAAGGAUAGCUUAAGGAAGCUCUUAUAAUUUUAGAACCCUUUCUAAUUUGUCCGUGUGAAGUAAUAAGCCAUAACUCUUGUACGCUGCU